AUGUAAUAAGAGGAUAAUAAAAGAAAAGUUAGAUUUGAAGGCGAGGAAGAAGAGAGGAGAGAUGAUGACGAUAUUAAUAGGAAUCCAAAUAAUAAGAAAUGUCCAAUAAUUGGUGUAAAUGAUUAAUUUUUGGAUCCUUAUGCUGUGAAAACAUCAUUAAAAGAAGAAGAAGCAUUGGAAUAAGAAAACGAAAUAGUUUAAUUUACAAUAUCUGAAGGAAUAACAGCGGAAGAAUUGAUAUAAAAUUUAGAUAUUAGAUUAUAUCCAGAAAGAGAUCCAAUUAAGAAUAAUAAAUUUGUUCCAGCUGUCCUUUCUUUAAAGACCAAAAAAGUUUCUAAUAAUUUAGACAGGCCCCCAAUAGAUUUAGUAUGCGUAGUUGAUGUAAGUGGGAGCAUGAUUGGUAGGAAAAUUAAUCUAGUAAAGGAUUCUUUAAGAUAUUUAAUGAAAAUAUUAGGUCCUGAAGAUAGAAUCUGCAUUAUUGUAUUUACGACUGUCGCUCAUAUAGUUACUUCAUUUAUUAGAAAUACUCAAGAGAACAAACCAUUAUUAAAAAAGGCAAUUCUUGAAUUAAAAGGGUUGGCAUCUACAAAUAUAAGCGAUGGAAUGAAUAAGGCUUUAUGGAUGUUAAAGAAUAGGAAAUAUAAAAACCCUGUUUCUUGCAUAUUUUUAUUAUCUGAUGGUUAAGAUGAUUAUAAAGGAGCAGAAUAGAGAGUUUUCGAUUAGCUAUAAUUGUUGAAAAUAGAGGAGAAAUUUGUGAUUCAUACUUUUGGGUAUGGAUAGGAUCAUGAUGCUUAUGUAAUGAAUCAAAUAGCAAAAUAUAGAGAAGGAAAUUUUUAUUAUAUAGAUAACAUAAAUAAAGCUAGCGAUUAUUUUAUACUUGCAAUGAGCGGAAUGUUAUCCAUAUAUGCCUAAAAUGUUAGUAUUAACUUAAAAUCCAAUGACUGUGAAAUAGUUAAAGCUUUUGGUGAGGGAUAGGUGUGGUAUAAAUAAGACGCGAAUAAUUAUAAGAUUUAAUUAAAUUAUUUAUUAGAAGGAGAAAGCAAGGAUUUUGUGUUUGAAUUAUUUGUAAAAGAAGAUUAUACCUUAAAUCAUAUAAACCUGCAAAUUGAAAUAAAUGGAUAAUUGCUUAAAUAAAAUUUAGAAUUUAGAAAAGAUUCAAAUUUUCAAAUUAAUGUAUCCUAAGAAAAAGAAGGUUAAUUAAAUGAACAUGUGGAAAUUAAUUAUUAGAGAGCUAAAGCUGGACACGCCAUAGGAGAAGCAUGCCAUUAAGCAUAACAAAAGCAGUAUUAGCAGGCUUAAGAAUUGAUAGAACUUCAAAUUUAAUAAAUUAAAUAAUCUCCUCAUCUUGAUAGUCUAGCAUUGAAGAUAGCUUUAGAAGACUUAGAAAAAUGUAAAAUGUAUUGCAAACCAAAAAUAUUUGAAAUGGAAGGGGAAGCAUUUUUAAUGAAAAAAGAACGAAACCAUAUUGUUAGAUAAUCUUCUUUAACUAAUCUUUGUGAUUGGAAUGAUGAUCAAUAAUAAAAUAUGGAGCAUUUAUAAAAUGGAGAUUUGCAGUUAAGUGCAGCCGGAAGUAUAAAGGGUUCUGAUUCUGAGGUUUCUUCAUAGCCAGACUUUUAAAGGGACAUAGAUUUUGAUAAUUUUGAUCCAAAAUUCAUCAUUAAAUAAUUACUAAAAAUGAAACAAUUUAAAAAAGAAUAAUUAGAACAGGAGGAUGAAGAAGAUGAUAAAAAAAUUGAAUUAUUGAAAGAAUAAUUGAUUUUAGAGUAAUAAGAAGAAAUUGAAGAAUAAGAAGUUGCAAAUUAGAGUUAAUGA